CAUUUGAGGUUUUGUACCGAGGUUUGUUGUUUCUGUUGCUUUGUUGCAUUUGACAUUAUGCGCAUUAAAUGCGCUUGAAAUGCUCCACUUCCUCCGGCUGCUGCGACUGCUCCUUCCUUCCACAAACACAAACUGACAUUGACAGCGAUAAGAGGUCGAGAAGGGGGAAAACCGGAAGUGUCGGUAAGGCGACAGAAGAGCCAGGAGCAGAAACAGGAGCAGGAGCCAGAAGAGCCAGGAGCCAUGAGCCAGGAACCAGAAGACUGGAGCCUGCAGACAGAGGUAGACAGCUGCCAAAGCGCUUUGUAAAUUAUGUCGUUGAGGGGCUUCAGCUCGAGUGGGUUUUAUGGGGAAAGUAACCAAAACCGGAAUGAAAGCACUAACCGUAUGGCAGGACAUAAACAUGUGUGUUCGGAAGUUUCCCCCACUUUCCAAAUGUUACAACCCCCUCCCCUCAAAUGUGCUCUGCCUUUAAUUAAAUAUGUACAAAACCUGGUGGUUGCCGCGGUGUAAAGUAAUUUGAAUUUAAUAUUCAUGCUAAUUUUAAUAUGAAAACGCAGUUCGCGGAUUACAGUGCGUAUACGUAAUGCUUAGCCUGAUUGCGGGUUUGCAGAGCACUUUAGAUGGGGUUUAGAUUUAAAUGACAUUAGUGCUGAGGUGUGCGGCUAUGAAUUUAAAAGCGAAAGUAACAUCCGCCAGUGAAAUCAGUUGAGUUCCAAAGGGCCAUAGGAAAUGAGGAAAGUUAGCAUUUUAUUCUAUUUGUUGGUCAGUGGAGUGGCUUUUGCAAUGGGAAAUCUUCAGUUUCUUAAGGAAUUCCUGGAAGCAGUGCACAAAGAACGAGCCUUUUCAACUAUACUUCUUCUGCAAAGGGGUAUUCAAAGAAAUGACUUAUUUCAAGGACUAUACCCCCUAUACUGGCCUAUAAUUCGUUUGAAUGAAACUCAAGGCAUAGAGUUGGUGAACCAUUACAACAAGGAAUUUCUGGCUGUGGUUUAUAUGGAAUCCAAAGAAGACAUAAUGUUACUCUCAGCACUGGCCGCCAACUUAAAUCAUAUCAGAGAGGCGAGGAUUGUAAUUUGGCUGGAGUUUAAUUCUUCUAAAGACGUUCUCGAAGAAUUCUCGCAAGCGGUUACUAAGCACAAGUUCCUCCAUCUCUUGGUUAUAGAUAAAGCAUUACAAGUUCGACGGCUUGUUCCCUUUCCUGAGCCCAAGUUCCAAGUGAUUGAUGAACUUCAGAAAGAAAACGAAAUUUUCCCACUUCGCUGGAACAACUUUAUGGGUAAAGUAGCUGUGACAAUGCCCGACUUGGUGACACCAAGAAGUUUCCUUACGACAGAUCCAAAAACAGGUCGCACCAAAAUCAGUGGCUGUAGUUACGAAAUAAUUAAGAACUUUGCAAUCCGGUACAAUAUCACUUUGCAAUUGCAUAGGGCCCUGAAUGAUAGUAUGCGUCAAACGGAGCUCAUAGAGAAGACCAUUGGGGGAGAGAUAGAUCUGCCAAUAACAGGGCAGUUGAUCAACUUCAGACAUCCCAACGGAUCUAGGAUUGAGCCUCUUUUGGGAAUGACGGCUCUGUCAAUUGUAGUGCCCUGUGGAAAAGAGUUGUCAUUGCUUGAAAGGUUCCGUCUUAUCUACGGAUAUGCAUCGUCGAUCAUUUUUUUCGUAUCUUAUAUUCUGCUGAGCACCAUGGAUGUUGUACUUCGGACCCUUGAUGAAAGAAUCAAUCGAAAUCCAACUCGUUUUAAACUGCUUAACGUAGUUUUUAACCUGCGGGUGCUGCGUUGUCUCCUGUCCAUGUCGAUUCCUCUGGGGAAUCGCCUUAGAUCUUUCAUGGGACAGAUUACAAUGGUGAUGAGCUUCACAGGCCUGAUCCUGGCUACCAUCAUAGCCGCCCAAACCAGCACUGUGCUGACCAUGAAGCCCCAGUACAGACAUAUCAUGAACUUUGAGGAACUGCGCGAUAGUAAGAUUACUGUGGUUUUCAACAACCUCAACUACAAUACAAUCACCUUGGCGAUGGAUGCCAAGUUUGUGUCAAGUUUUUUGCCCAAUAUCUUGGUAGUGAGUGGUUGGGAACAAAUGAAGAUGAUCAGUGAUUUGAAUUCAAGCUAUGCCUAUCAGACAUAUUCGUACAAACACGAUGCUUUCUCGAUGCUUCAAAAGCACUCCACCCGAAAGGCUUUGUGUAGGUCCCCCAACUUGGAUCUGGUCAGCGGACUCACCUUUACGGCGGUCCUGCAGCAGAACUCUAUUUACGCACUGGCUUUACGGGAUUUUGCCCUUGAUAUCUGGAGUUCUGGACUUAUAACUUACUGGGUCGACGUAGCGCUCGAUGAACUUACGUCCACAAUGCGGCAUGUUCGAUUCGGCAAGCUACCGAUAGUUACAGGAUAUCAAGGCCUUAACCUCAGGGACCAUCAAGGCGGUUGGCAAGUUAUCGUAGCAGGUUGUACUCUAUCGAUUUGUGUUUUCAUCGGGGAAUUACUUGUUCAUGGUAUAGGCAGAAGGAUGAGGAAUACAUAAAUCUAAAAAAUAAUUUAAACAAAAAUGUAUUAAAAGAAUAUAUAUUAACAAUGCACAGUAUAUGCACAUUAUAUAUAAAUUUACCAUACACAAAAUGUUUAUAAUCCCCACAAAUACAAAUACA